GGUUCAUCUGCCUGCACUCGAUCAACUAUCAGACUGUGCACAUGUUAAUGGAUCCACAUCAGCAAGCAUGAAUCUGACUGCGGAGAACCAUAAGAUUUCUCUCAGUGAUGGGAACCAAAUCCCGCUGCUGGGAUUGGGCACAUAUGGAGAUCCUCGGACGACAGCAAAAGGCACAGCUUUGGAAUGUGUCAAGCAGGCCAUCGAUGUGGGCUACAGGCACUUUGAUGGAGCUUUGGUGUAUUUCAAUGAACAUGAAGUGGGUCAAGCCAUUAGGGAAAAGAUUGCAGAUGGAACUGUGAAAAGAGAGGACAUAUUUUAUUGUGGAAAGCUCUGGAAUACCUUCCAUCCACCAGAACUGGUGAGACCGACCUUGGAGAAGACCCUGAAGGGACUAAAACUGGACUAUGUGGAUCUCUACAUCAUCGAGCUCCCAAUGGCAUUUAAGCCCGGCAAUGAGUUCUAUCCUAAAGACCAGAACGGCAAGUACAUCUACCACCACACAGAUCUCUGUGCAACCUGGGAGGCUUUAGAGGCAUGUGUUGAUGCAGGCCUUUGCAAGUCGCUGGGUGUGUCCAACUUCAAUCGCAGACAACUUGAACUGAUUCUUAACAAACCCGGUCUCAAAUACAAGCCUGUAUCCAAUCAGGUGGAGUGUCAUCCUUACUUCACACAGCCCAAACUUCUGGACUAUUGCCGUCAAAAGAACAUUGUUAUUGUUGGCUACUGCCCACUUGGCUCCUCCAGAGAUGCAUCCUGGGUGAAUGUCAAAUGUCCCCCCAUGCUAGAGGAUGAGCUCCUUGUAUCCAUUGGGAAGAAGUACAACAAGAGCAGUGCUCAAGUGGCUCUGCGCUUUAAUGUGCAAAGAGGAGUGGUUGUCAUUCCCAAGAGCUUUAACCCACAGCGGAUCAAACACAACUUCCAGAUAUUUGAUUUUUCACUCUCCGAAGAAGAAAUGAAAGCUAUUGAAGGGCUGAAUAAGAACAUUCGCUUUGUGGAGCUUCUCAUGUGGAGCGACCAUCCAGAAUACCCAUUUCAUGAUGAAUACUAAUUAUUGUCAAAGAAAUAAUGUGGGCCAUUUGGGACAAACAGUUGACUACAAGUGAGGACUUGUUGACAUUGUGAUAUGUUUAGCAGCAAUUUCAAAAUGUUAGAAAAAUGAAUGCAUCUAUGACUGUAUUCAUGUAAAUGUAAGAGAUUUUUGGAUACAGCUCUUGUAUCGGUCCCUUCGCAGGUGUGUGUAAUUAAGUGGGUGUCAAGUAGAUGAACGUAAUAACCACUAGAGGUCAGUAGUUUCCAGUAAAUCUAGUCAAAUGAGUCUAUUAGCUUGCACUAACGUGUAUUUCUAAUUAUUGUUGAAAUCAUUAUAUCAAUAAAAGUUUCAGUUUUUCAUCAAUACUAACUACAUUGGGGAAUAAGUAUUAGUAUUAGUUCACUGUUUUAAAAAAAUGUGGAAUUACGAGAGCAUAGCGCAAAUUCGGCCUUUAUUCAAUUUUAUAAUGUCACUGUUAGAGAUAUUUUGUUUCCCACUGUUUAUUGUUAUCAGCACUGCAUGAUCCCAGAAGCUCUAAUGCAUUGUGAUAGCGGCAAAACACAAGGAUUUAGUAUGAUUGUAAAAUGAUUCGACAGGUUUUCAUUAAAGUCAGACCCAUUGCAGCUGAAGCAAACGUGAUUGUGUC